ACAGUCUAACAGUACCCUCAACCAUGUACAUGUUUGUAUUUGAGCUGUUUACAGUCUACAUUAUAUGUAGCCACGCCACAUGUAAAGGCGAGGAUGUGUUCCUUACCAGGGUGGUGCCUUCCUCGCUGGUAUGUGAUUCUCUGUGUGCAUACACAACGAGGUGUGGCUCCUACACCUGGGAUGCUGCCACCAGAAGCUGCCACCUGCACACACAAGGUGACACAGAGACAGAGACGAUGCCCCAUGCAAAGUAUUGGAAAGAGUCUCAGAGGGUGGUGUAUCGCGACCCUCAGUGCGAAGGGAACGAGGUUUGUGUGCCAGUUGAAGCGUGGACUAAAUUCACCCGUGUGGCAUCAACAGCUGCGACAACCACAACCACCACUACCACCACGACUCCAUCACCUACCACUACCACCACGACUCCAUCACCUCCCACUACCACCACAACUCCAUCACCUACCACUACCACCACGACUCCAUCACAGACCACUACCACAACUCCAUCACAGACCACUACCACCACGACUCCACCACCUCCCAUUACCACCACGACUCCAUCACCUACCACUACCUCUACCACCACAACUCCAUCACCUACCACUACCACCAAGACUCCAUCACAGACCACUACCACUACGACUCCAUCAACUACCACUACCACCACGACCACUACUACCACACUGUCCACGACGCCAUCUGCUACCACUUCCACCAACAUGACUACAUCACCGACCACUACCACCACGACUCCUUCACCUACUGCUGCCACCACGACUCCUUCAACUACCACUACCAUCCCCACGACUCCAUCACCUUCCACUACCACCACGACUCCAUCACCAGCCUACACCACCACGACUCCAUCACCUUCCAUUACCACCACGACUCCAUUGCCUACCACAACCAUACCCACGCCUACUACCACGACAUGCCCUGCCACUGUUAAUCAGGCAAAUGUUCCACACACAUACGUUGGGUGUUACAUAGACAAAGGUGAUCUUGUACUUCCACACGGCAAAAUGGAGGACAAAACAUGCCUGACAACUGAAACCUGCAAGCUUCACUGCCACGGAAUGAAGUACAUCUACUUUGGAACUAGGAAGGGGCAUAAAUGCUUCUGUGGUGAUGGCAUCAAAGGUGGAUACAAGAAGAAACCCGACAGUGAAUGCAACGCCCCAUGUCCUGGUGACAGAAGCAGGAUGUGUGGGGGACGCUGGAGGAUUUCCAUCUAUAAGAUUGUCUAGUGUACAACAGCUGUUCUAAUUGGUCACUAUUUCCGUGCCAUGCAGGAUGUAUGCAAUCAACAGUUAAACUAAUGGGUCACAUAACUACUACGGACCAUGAUACAUGGAAAUAAAUACCUACACAAUGGAAAUGUACAUCACUACUUACUGGUGUUUUAUUUUAU